AAUUAUAAUACGAGGUCGCCAUGACCAAAACGGAUUAUUAAGAGGGUUGUUAUUAAAUGUUUGUGCGUGGGAAAGAAGCUGACAAUUAAGGAAGUCAGCCAAAUUGCAAGACAUGGCUCCCAGGAAAACAAGGACGACGGCCAAGGCAAGGAAAAAUAGCCCCAAGACGGCUAAGCUAGAAGCCUUCCUGGAGGACUUCGACAGCGAGGUGAAGACCAGAGUGGAACAGAUGAAGGAGAAGCUCAACCAUAUGCUGAAAGACGUGGACAACGGCUAUAAUAUGUGGCUAAUUAAGCUCCCAAAGUCUGUCCGCCAAAUGCCCUGGAUAGAACUAUUCAAAUCUGAGAAUACAAAGUCACCAGAAGUGGCGAAUGUUAGUAGAGAAGAGGAAGCUGCUAUUGUUGAGAGCAUUGUGGCCGAGAACAAUCCAGCCCUUUUCAAAUCAGUAAAAAAAGCAACAAAGAAAUCAACUAAAUCCACUUCGGAAGAUGAAAACACCUCGGGCACAACACGGAAGGCGAAAGCAACAAGGAAACCUCCAACCACAUCAAAGAAAGCAAAGGCCCUGACGGUCCGGCGAUCAAACAGGAAGCCAAUGAUCACUCCUGCAAGGAAUAUGGAUUAUUCUCUGGCGAUGGGAGCCACUCCCCUCAUUACCCCACGCUUUGAUCCCAGACUUCCCAAGACCCCCGCUGUGAGGAAUCCCCACCACAAAGAGAGGGUUUACAGCAUCUCAGUCAACGGCUCGCCCAUCGCAGCAGGAAAUAAUGAAGACAUCGUCAUCAACGUCCCCAUCGGCAACGGAGAGAGUGUUCAGCUAUUGGCCAGCCAGAUGGACUCUGUGGAUCUGUCUCUGCUGGAUGAAACCGCUCUGAGGAGCAUUCGUCAGCUGAAGAAUCGCCUCACCGUCCUGUGUGGAACGGAGUAACGCUACCGCCUGCUCUCGUCUUGUACAUUACUU